AUGGAAGCAUUGGUUUAUACAUUCCUUUUAGUCUCAACUCUAGGAAUAAUUUUUUUCGCUAUCUUUUUUCGCGAACCGCCUAAAGUUCCAACCAAAAAGUAA